AAAAGGCUCCUUCAGUGAUACAUCUUGCUAGUAGACGAUCUUUGACUGAAGGUGGUUGGCGAAGUUGUCGGGGCAGGCGAGAGUCCACGGGAUUACACCGGCCGGGAAAGCGCAGGAGACACGGCGGAGUCGACCGAAACCUGUCAAGUAGCUUGUUAAAUUAAGCUUGGUGGCCAUACUGGAAGAAAAUAAAAGAAAUAAAGUUGAGCGGGACUUGACUCCGUCUAGCACCAGCUGAAGUGGCUGUUCCUCUCCCCACGGACUGGAGAUUUUCCCAUGAUGCCAUGGUAGGGAAUACUUCUGUUUACUCCUGAACUCUCAAGCAGACAGAGACAAUAUGGCACACCUGCCUAUAGCCCCAGGUGAGGUCUACAUCGAGGUGGAUUAUGACUAUGAGUACAAGUCCAAGGACCGCCUCAUUUCCAUCCACCAGGGUGAGCGCUACCUGCUGGUCAAGAAAACCAACGAAGAUUGGUGGCAGGUGAAGAAAGAUGAUGGGACUAAAGCGUUUUAUGUACCUGCUCAAUAUGUCCGGGAAGUUCGCAAAGCUCUGAUGCCUCCCCCCAAACCUUUCCCUCAUCACCCUGGUGGUGCUUCAAAAAUUCCACAAACUGGGAGUUCAUACUGGGUCAAUCCAUCUCAUCUGGACCUGGGACUAAAAGACCAGGCCGCUGAAGGCCUCAGUCGGCAUGAAUCCAAAUCUCAGCGCUCUCCGUCUGCUCAAACCGCAUCUUCAGGUCACUUCACUCCCCCAAGUCGGCGCAGGAACAGUAGCCCCCGUCAUUCCCCCCUUACCCCGACUGACCAUGACCGAGCUCCAACUGAAAUCAUUGUCCAAGAAGCUGGACCCCAGGAAUCUCAAAAGGGUUUGUCCGCCACCCUGCCCCGCGGCCGAGCCAGAUCCCCGAACAGAGACGGCCUGGAUGUUGAUAGCACUUACUGUGACUCUGCGGGGGAAGAUAGACGCACCAACGACUCUGAGUCUGGAGACGAACUGAGCGGCUCUUCCACCGAACAACUCCAGAUGGACCCACCGGGUCAGGUAAGUUCUGAUUCCUCCAUCUACACCAACCUCCAGGAGCUGAAAAUAUCACAGGCAAACAUGCCCCCUCAGCCCUCCGGCUCCCCCCUGCACGUAUCAGGGGACUGGGAGACCCACAAAGACCAGACUGGGAGGCAGUAUUACUACAACCCCUUCACUCAGGAAAGGACAUGGAAACCCCCCCGGACCAAAGAUAUCAACAACGGAAACCCGCGAGGAGAAAGUCACAGUGCUGAAGACAGCUCUGAGACCACUCCUCUUUCCCUGUCGCCUUCUCUCCUUCCCUUCCUGUCGCUCUCCCUCGGUCGAAUCCUGCCUCUCUCUCCGGAGGACACCUGCUUCAGUACCUACUCUAGCCAGUCAGAGAGCCAGUAUGGCUCCCCGCCACGCGGCUGGUCGGAGGAGAUGGAUGAGUACGGCCACACGCUGUACGUCAGCGACUAUACUAAUGAGAAGUGGUUAAAACAUGUGGACGACCAGGGAAGACCAUAUUACUACAGCGCCGACGGCUCCAGGUCCGAAUGGGAGCUGCCCAAAUACACCACGUCCCCACCUCAGCUCCCCAAGGAUGUCCAGAAGAGUCAAAGUUUGGACAGAAGAACGACCAAACCGUCUGUGGUGGUGUGGAGAAACAGCAGCCACUUCCCUGUGCCAAGUGAAAAGCGGCUGUUAAAAAGCAGGCAUUCCCGCUCAGGCUCUGCCCGACCACACCCAUACAAACACCAAGAAGCUCCUCUGGCCCCCAAGUCUCCCUCUCCCGACUCUGACUCCUGCUCUUCGUCUCCAAAGCCUCCCGCCUCUCCAUCUGAAAAGUGUGGAGUCCUGAACAUGACAAAGAUUACUGAGAAUGGACGGAGAGUACGGAAGAACUGGACUUCCUCCUGGACAGUUCUCCAAGGAUCAGAGCUGCUGUUUGCCAAAGGUCAGGCGAGUGGAUCCAGCUGGUUUGGAGGCGGUCAGUCCAAACCUGAGUUUGCUGUGGAUCUGAAGGGCGCCUCUGUGGAAUGGGCCUCCAAAGACAAGUCCAGCAAGAAGAACGUUAUAGAGCUGAAGAUCCCGAACGGCACAGACCUGCUGAUCCAGUCCGACAACGACGGCACCAUCACCGAGUGGUUCAACGCGCUGGAGGAAACCAUCCGCUCACAUGCCUGUGAGUCUGACGAUGCCAUAGAAGAAGACCUGCCCGAGUCCCCUGGUCCAGAAACCAAAGAAAAGAAGGACUCCAGGGUCUCAAAGAAAGAAAAAGGCUCCAAGGCGGCCGCCAGCACUGAACCCGCGGACACCAAGAAGACCAAACACAAGCUGAAGAAGUUCCUGACCCGCCGGCCCACCCUGCAGGCAGUCAGAGACAGAGGAUACAUUAAGGAUCAGGUGUUUGGCUGCAGUCUGGCCAGCCUGUGUCAGCGGGAGAACAGCACGGUGCCUCACUUUGUCAAGCUGUGCAUCGAUCAUGUGGAGAGCAAAGGUCUGAGCAUCGAUGGGCUGUACAGAGUCAGCGGGAACUUGGCUGUCAUACAGAAACUGAGGUUUGCCGUCAACCACGAUGAGAAGGUGAACUUGUCAGAUGCAAAGUGGGAGGACAUCCAUGUGACCACUGGAGCUUUAAAGAUGUUCUUCAGAGAGCUCCCGGAGCCGCUCUUCACCUACGCUCUGUUUCAGCAGUUUGUUACUGCCAUCAAAACUCAAGAGUACAGGCAGCGCGUUCAGGCCAUCAAAGACUUGGUCAAGCAGCUGCCCAAACCCAAUCACGACACCAUGCAGACACUCUUCAAACACCUCAGGAGAGUCAUCGACCACGGCGAGGAAAACCGAAUGACCACCCAGAGCAUAGCAAUCGUCUUCGGCCCGACCCUGCUGCGGCCCGAAACAGAGACCUGGAACAUGGCGGUCCACAUGGUCUAUCAGAACCAGAUAGUGGAUCUAAUCCUGCUGGAGUAUGAGAACAUCUUCAGCAGGUAGACGCCAGGAGACGCCACAGGAGGAGGACGGCGUGUUUCCACUCCCUUAAGCAAGACCGGCCCGGACCGGCCCGGCUUAGCUUCUGUUCACCUCAAAAUCACCGGGCUCAUCUAUUUCCUGGACCAAUGGAACCCCAAAUGUUUCAUGAGCCAAAAACAUAAAUGCCCUUCAGAGUAGAGACCAAAAAACUUUGCACUUUGAAGUUUGUCAUUUCUCCUGCAUUUGUGCCACUUUACUGCCAAGGUGAGACUGUCCUGACACUGGAGUCCUGUCUGGAAGCGGAGCAGCAGAGGAGCAGCAGAGGAGCCUCGCUGGGCUGUGAGACACACCGUCAGUAUUGGAGGUUGAAGAUGAUGAACUGUUCUGUACUGUAAAUCUCACAGCUUAUAGACACCACAGCAGGAGAAGCCGCCGCUGCUCAGCUUAGCUUUAGAUACUUUUCCUGACAGGAGGAAAAAGCUGGAUCCGGCUGGAGGGGGAGGAAAUUCUGGGCUCUUUUUAGUUUUUUUGUCUUUGUCUCUACGAUGUGUCCUCAGUUACUGGGACGAGGUCCUCUGAACACAUGACGGGGUUUCUGUCACCCCUCCGUGUUACAUCUGCAUGAAACUUUCCCAGCUUGUAGAACAAAUCGCGUCGGAGCAACAAGAGCAAACUAGGGUACUCGGCUGCUGCUGUAAGAAUUUAAGAUGUUCCAACCAUGAAUCUGUACAGUGUUUUUGUCAGUGUGUGAAGGGGGGUGGAUAAACUUAAAAACAAUGUGCUGUAAAAAUAGUUAAUAUAAGUCUGUCUGUAUGCAUGGAUGUUAAAGUGAGAGAGGGGAGGAUGAUUGAGAUGAAACUGGGAUGUGGAGGUUGACCUGGGAAACAGGUACUGCUGGCUUUAACAAACUGGAAUAAAUUCCUCUAAAAAAUGUUGUUCACGUGAAG